UAAUCAAAGCUUCUAUGAAUUUUAGGUCACUUGCAUAACACGUGGUAAUGAAUCGCUGGCGGCAAUCCGUGGUGGAGAUCCAAUCCAGAAAAAGACAAGUGAAUGAAUGCGAGCAGGCACAGGCAGCCCUGAGCAAAGUGACGGCCUGCUUCCAGCAAAUGGCCACCACCCUGGGGACAAACGCAGAUGGCAGCUGCCUUAGAGAGGAGCUGGAAGAAACCAGGACACUAGCUCAUAGAAUAUGCACAGGUCUUCACAAGAGGUUGCUAGCUCUGCUGAUAGAACUGGAUCAAGGGCAGGAAAACAAAGAACAGGUUGAACGACUUUGGGUGCUCUUCCUUUCCAACUUGGAAAAUUUUCAACAAAACCUAAGAAAGGUCAGAAAACUGCAAGAGAUUUUCCCCCUCACCCAGCGCAAAGAUCGACAGGCCCUCAUCAACACAGGUUUUUCAGGUGGCACCUCCGAAGUAGCAGCGCGGGCGGCCAUGGUGCAGAACCCGUGGUUAUCGGUAGACGAUAUGGCAAACCCAGACCUUAAAAGCCACGUGGAGGAGAUUGAGCUUCUGCUCGAGGAAAUGCUCCAGAGAGUCAAUGUGCCACUGUGGUCUGUCGAACCCACAACAAAAGCUUGGCUGGAAGGCUGUCCUGCCCAAGAUAAUGGGCAGGAUGAUGUUGAGAGCUUGGAAGAGAUGAUGGAAGUGGAAGUAGUGUCUCAAAAUAAUACAUUAUGCUGUUGCCAUCACCAAAAUUGCAAAGUUGGAUGUCUACUAUGUCUGCUAAGCUAGGGUGAAAAAAACUAUAACCUUUUAGAUUGUCUCAAAACAUAAGUACACCUAGUAUCAUGUAAAAACUGACCACCUUUAUACUGUAAAUAAAGAAUUAAUUCAAACCAUUCUAA